AUGGCUUCUUCCACUGUCAACUCCGCCCCUGUUGCCAAUAACCACUCCGGCAAUGCAUCGGUGCAAAAUUCAAACUCUCGACCUACUUUGAGGACUAGCACAAAUAAGUCGUCAGAUGGCGGCAGACGACAGACUGGUAGCCCAGCGGAUGGCGGGCAGAGGCGCAGCAAUUCUCAGAAGGCUUGGACUCAAGGGACGAAUCCGAUUACCCAACGCCCGUCCUUUCCCCAGCAAAACGGCAACAUGCCCCAGAAGACGUCGUCUCCUACGUCCACGAAGGAAUCGAACACCGCAGAUAAUCAUGCCCAUGACCGACUUGUGUUCCUAUUUACUACCUUUAUUGGACUCAGUACUACUGUCACCACGAAGAACGGUGACCAAUUCACUGGCAUACUCUCCUCAUCCACUCUUGAACCCAACGAGUCUUCCGUGACUCUCAAGAUGACGCAUCGACAUUUGAAACAGGAACAGCAGCGAGCUAAUGGGGUGAGCGACGUCGCUACCACUUUGGAACACUCCAGCCAUAGAUUAGGUCCUAAUCUUCUCACUCCAGGAACUACCACUGGUUUCAGGACCGAUGCUGAUAUCUCCGGAAAUCUUGCCAUACGCGAACGGGCGCUGAAACGCUGGGAACCUGGGGCAGAUGCAAGCACCGAUUUGUCUCUCGAAAGUACCUCAACGGCCUUAAAACAAUGGGACCAAUUUGAAACAAAUGCACGACUUUUCGGUGCUACUAGCAGCUAUGACGAGGAUAUGUAUACUACCCGUAUCGACCGCUCGGACCCGACCUAUAAGCGAAAGGAAGCUGAAGCCGCUCGCAUUGCCCGUGAAAUCGAGAACAGUGACACAGACAAUGCGCACGUGAGAGAGGAGCGAGGACUUCAAGCACCGGAUGCCGGGGACGAGGAAGACAAAUACAGUGGUGUGCGCCGUGACGAAAAGAACUUUCCCCCAUUGGCUUCUGGGCAGCCGAACAAAUACACUCCGCCUGCUCUCAGGAACUUCAGCAAUCAGCUUGCUGCCACUGCUCCACCACAAACGGGCUCCGUCAAGCGGGCGAUUAGCACAAAAGAAACCAGCCCCACAACACUGCCAGCAAAGGAGCCUGCUUUAUCGCAGCCACCUGCAGCACCCGCGGUCACUGCCGCUCCCGCUUCCGAAUCAGAACGAAAGGUCGCCCCUCCCAAAGCAUCUUCCACAACUCCUGCUGCCACCAAGGGUGUGUCUCCCGGGAACAACUAUGAGAAUGAAGUAGUGGAUCGUUUCCGUAUCUUUGCAAACAACGAGCGAAUCAAGCUGGAUCAACGACGUCGUAACCAAGCAGCUGUAGACCGGUCAACCAAGCUCAACGAUUUGAUGAAGUUCUCCCAGAAUUUCAAGCUUGCUACUCCAGUCCCGAAAGACCUUGUCCCCAUCCUCGCCAAAGAUCCGCGCAAGCAGGAAGCGAUCAUUCAACGGGCUCAGCAGAAUGCUGCUGAGGAGAAAAAGCCGCCCAAGGAUACUACGGCCACUCCUGUCGAACAGAAAAAGACCGCAGAUCAGGCCCAGUUACCUGUCCGCCAGGAAGGCGGCGCAACGGCUGCUCAACCGUCUCAGACAGACCGCCCUGCUUAUCCUCGUGGCCGUCAAGGAUAUCCACCAACGGGUCCCCAAGGUGGCCCUGCAGGACGAGCUCCGCACCAACCUCUAUAUUCGGGUCGCCAAACGACAGGAAUGCUCGGUCAUCGCCUUGCCGACAACCUCCAGCAGCGAAAAGGAGCAGCUGCCGGGCCAGUACCAACCCCGCUGCCAAUCCAAGAUGCCCGUGCUGCGCCGUCUACCGAUCAGUCAAAUGUGUCUAGCCCAACCAAAGUCCUCACACCGACAUCAUCUAUCUCAACUAAGUUCAACGUCAAGGCUAUGGAAUUUAAGCCUAACCCAACGGCCAGUACAUUUACACCGGGCGCAUCGGCAAUGCCAAUGUUUGUCAAGCCUGACCCGCGAACCAAAAGUCCCUCCAAUUUCUUCGGCACGCACAAGCCACGACCCAUCUCCGAGCGCCCUUCGCUUAAGGAUCAAUUCAAUCCUAUCAAGCGUAUGAAAAAAGAGAGUGCAGAGCAGACUGAUCGGGACUAUAGUUCGAACGGCGGGAUUCCCUUUGCUUACAGCACCCUACCUACGUGGAAUAUUGCGACUAAUGGAGACGAAGAGAAGAGCUAUGUGCAGAUGUUCAAAUCGUCUCACACUUCCCCGCAGAGUCGGUCUGCCUCUAAUCCACAGAUACCUCACCAACCCCACUUACCCUACCAGUUCCAGCAGGCACCUACCAUGCCACCUACCUCCGGCCCUCCCCAUGGACCUCACCUUCAUCCUCAACAGCAUCAUGGAUCUGGCCCUCCGCAUUUUGAUGACCCCCACCGUAUGCAAAUGUCUGCCUCGCAAUCGCAGAUGUUUCCAUCCCCCAGGCUUCAACAUGGAUACCCGUCACCGAUGGCACCUCAUGCACAACUUGCGUAUGGCCAACAGCCUAUGCCUCAAUUUUUCGUCAAUCAAGGCGCACCGCAGCCCGCCCACAUGAGACACUACCAAGGCGCUCCUCCAUUCGUCAAUCCGCAGGGUGCCAUGGCAGCGCCUAUCAUGGUCCAGCAGCCGUCUGGAGGGCCUUACAUGGGGGUUCCCCAGGCUCCAUUCACGCCUCAGAUGCAAAUGUAUUCUCCAAGCCCAGCUCAUGCCUAUCCUCAUGUGCCACCGCCUCAACCCCAUGGCGGCUACCCCAGUCCCAGCCGCGGCGCCCCUAUGAUGAUGCAUCAGAACUCGCAACCCGGCCAAGCUCCCCAACACGUUAUGUAUAUGCCGCCCGGCCAGCACCAGCAGCCAGUGUAUGCUGGGCAACAGCCAGGUCAUUUGCCACCUGGUCGAGGGAACUACCCUCAGCAACAACCCCACUUCCAGUCUAGCCCUCACCAGGCACACCACUACCCACCUCAUCAGCAUCGCACGCCAAGUAGCGGCUUCAAUCAGCUACCUCAAAUGCCCCCUCCAAUGGCUGCUCAGCCUCCGGCUUCCGCUGCUCAGGCCCAGGAGACUCCGGAGGAAUCUAAAUGA